AUGCAACAACACUUUAGCAAUUUAGCAAAAGCACAAACACCUUGUAUGCAACAAAAAUCAGCAAAUCAGCACAAACAUUGUUCAAACUCCUUUUCAAACACCUUGUUAAGAAAAUCAGGAAAAUCAACAAAUCAACAAAUUCCAAACCUUAGAAGUUUUGACGAAGAAUGGCCGAGGCAAGGCGAGACGAGUCUGAGGCGAGCUGAAGCGAAACGAGUCCGAGGCAAGGCGGGGCGAGGCCGAGACGAGCUGAAGCGAGGCAAGGCAUCAACAACACAAGAUGGCAAGAGGAAAGCAAAGCGGAAGGAAAUAGCUUUGGCAAAGGAAGCUAAGCAAAAGGAAAGGGAAGCAAAGAAGAAGGAAAAGGAAGAAAAGCAGAAAGCUAAGCAAAAGGAAAGGGAAGCAAAGAAGAAGGAAAAGGAAGAAAAGCAGAAGCAAAGAGCUUUGGCAAAGGAAGCAAAGCAGAAGGAAAAGGAAGAAAAGCAGAAGCAAAUAGCUUUGGCAAAGAAAGCAAAGCAGGAGGAAAAAGCUUUGGCAAAGUAUGAGAAGAUGAUGAAAGAUAUAGAAAGGUUAAAUGCAAUAGCAAGGAAUUGGAGAUGGGGCAUGGGCUGUACAGUAAAGGGAAACAAAGUGAUAGAAAAAAAAUAA